AUCUCGGUACUAGACCCCACCACCAACUCUCCUUCUCUUACCAUUCUCGGCUUCUCUCUCUCUCUGUCUCUCUCUCUCUCUCUCUCUCUCUCUCGUUUAUCUCGUGCCUCCUCCCUCCACAAACAAAAAAACUACAACAACUACUCACCCCCUUUCUGCCUCUCGCAAUUUAUUACCACUACUCCUAUAAAUUCGCAGUAGCGGUUAAAUAGGGACACGCCCAAAUCGUCGUCGUCAUCAUCAAUCAGGAAACAAAAAAGAGUGGUAGUUGUUGUUGAACCAGAUUAGUUAGCUAGCUGGCAAUGGCAACAGGAUCAGCAGCAGCUGUAGAACUCGAUUUCUUUCAAAUGGAGAAGGAAACCACCUCCACCAAACCAACGCCCAAAAAACUCUUCCAUCGCCGUACAAGCUUCCGAGAUAUUCAGAGUGUGAUUUCGAAGUUGAACCCUGAGCUUCUCAAGGCUGUGAUAGCAACUGGCUCCGUCGAUCAGACCUCUCUCCCGUCGAAAACCUCGUCGUUUUCGGUCCCCUCAACCCCCAAGCACGACGGGAAUCCGUUUCCCUCUUUGCCUGUCUACACUCCAGCCUUUUGGAGCAAUAGUUGUGGAAAUUCUGAAAGCAGUACCCCUGAAACAGCUCCACUGACGAUCUUCUACAACGGAACCGUUACCGUCUUCAAUGUCCAUCGCCACAAUGCAGAGAAUAUAUUGAAACUUGCUGAGGGAGGAGUCUCCAAAAUUUUUGAGGGAGGAGAUGGACGCCAACUACUGGAAACCCUUCACGGAGAUCUCCCAAUCGCCCGUAGAAAGUCGCUACAGAGGUUUCUGGAGAAGCGUAAAGAGAGGCUUACUCUAGUUUCGCCUUGCGGUAAUCCGAGGGAGCAUGGAAUUUCUGGGAAGAAUACUUAAAGCACAUGAUGGAGAUUAGGAAGAGAGAGAGAGAGGUGUUAGAGAGCUGGAGAGAGAGAGAGACGUGUUAGAAAGCUGGAAACGAUCGACGACCAUAUAACAAUUACUAAAUCUCUUGAUAUCUUUAUUAAUUAAGGCCAGCUAGCUGACUUUGAAUAUCACUUUAUUUCUCCCCAAAUGCACGUUUUAGUUAUUGUCUUACAAACAAACAACCAAGUGGAAGAGAAGGGCGACUUCGUCAAUUGGGACUUCUCCUUCCUCGCACUUUCUUUUGUUAUAGUACUAGCUAGUACGUAGUAUCUCCGUAGACUUGAUGGCUAACAACUGGAGUAUUAUAUACUCUAUCUUCUGUAAACGAAUCGAAUCUUUCAUUGCUUUAUCUGGUCGUAGGUUUAAUGAAAAAUUCACUAUUGGUUGA